GUACAUCACUCAUUCAGCAUCCAAUCUCAUGUCAGUGUCUCCGAGGUCGGGAGCAAAGAAGCAUGGCCGCUGUAUUCAGGGGGUCCCGAAAGCUAUGGAGAAGGUGGUCCAACCAUGUCGGACUGGCUCUCGUGUCCAGCCGGGCAAUGGCGUCUAAGACGCAGGUGGGCUUCGUUGGGCUGGGCAACAUGGGGAACCCGAUGGCCAAGAACCUGCUGAAACACGGCUACCCUGUCAUCGCCACCGAUGUCUUCCCCGAGUCCUGCAAGGAGAUCCAGGAGCUCGGCGCACAGAUCCUGGACUCCCCAGCUGAAGUAGCUGAUAAAGCGGAUCGCAUCAUCACCAUGCUCCCCUCCAGCCCCAACGUCAUCGAGGUCUACACCGGCCCCAACGGCAUCCUCAAGAAAGUGAAGAAGGGCUCCCUUCUCAUUGACUCCAGCACUAUAGACCCGGCCGUCUCCAAGGAGAUGGCUGCUGCCGCCGAGAAAAUGGGUGCGGUCUUCAUGGACGCCCCGGUGUCUGGGGGUGUAGGGGCGGCCAGUUCAGGUAAGCUGACCUUCAUGGUGGGUGGGCCGGAGGAGGAGUUCCCGGCAACCAAGGAGCUGCUCAGCUGCAUGGGGGCCAACGUGGUCUACUGCGGUCAGGUCGGCACCGGACAGGCAGCUAAGAUCUGUAAUAACAUGCUGCUGGCCAUUGGGAUGAUUGGCACGUCAGAGACCAUGAAUCUGGGCAUCAGACUGGGCCUGGAUCCGAAGCUGCUGGCCAAGAUCCUGAACAUGAGCUCGGGUCGGUGCUGGUCCAGUGACACGUAUAACCCAGUGCCCGGGGUCAUGGAGGGGGUACCCUCCGCCAACAACUACCAGGGCGGCUUCGGCACCACACUCAUGGCCAAGGACCUUGGACUGGCCCAGAACACGGCAACGAACACUAGGACUCCCGUUCCCAUGGGGGCGCUGGCGCACCAGGUGUACCGCAUGAUGUGCGCGCGCGGCUACGCCGGCAAGGACUUCUCCUCCGUCUUCCAGUUCCUGCGCGAGGAGGACAGCCAGUAGGGGGCAGCAGAGGCCUUCACCGCCACUCUGUGCCUCUCGGGACGCAUGCCCGACACACCACCACGCUGUCCUGAGACCGAUACAGACACACACACAAACACACUCAUUCACAUACUCUCUCACACACACACACACACACACACACACACACACACACACACACACUCUGAUUCACAUACUCUCACACACACACGCCACAUCAGCGAUGCAGGUGUGGUCUGACUCGUAUGCGUCAGGAGUCUCCAUGGGCAACCGAGUGUGAAUGCGGAACGUGUGAAUGGGUGAGUGUGUGUGAGGUGGAGGCAGGGCGUGUGUGUGUGUGGGUAGCAGGUUUAUUUGUUCCGUAUUGAUUGUUUAUUUGUUUGUUUUUUUGUCUUGGGGAAUCAUGUUACUUGUGUGGUCAUGCCCUGUUCGCAGCACUCCUGGAUCUGUGAGUUGUUUUGCUCUAGAUGCACUCGGCUCCACUGCACUUAGAACCAACCACACACACACACACACACACACACCACAAACAGUGCCAUCCUGUUCACUCUCCCUCCCCGGGAAGGAAGAGGAAGAGGAGGAGGAUUGUUAUUGCACCAUCAAAGCCUUGGGACUGACUGUGGAGAUGGGUCUUAUACUCACUACACUUACACACGCCACACACACACACACACACACACACACACACACACACACACACACACACUACUCAGCGCGCUGGUCUGUUCCACACAAUCACACACACUCACACUACUCGGCGUGUUGGUCUGAUCCACACACACUAACACACAUCUUUAGUUUUGUGUUUUGUUUAUUUUUCUUGUUUUUGAUUUAUUUGUUUUUCUUUUGUUUAUUUUUUAUUUUUCGUUUGAUUUGUUUUUUUUUCUUGUUAGCAGUUAGGCUGACAGUGGUUAGCUCGGUAAUUAACUGUCGUAUAUCCCUAAUGAAGGGACUAUCUUGCAUUAAAGAGAGCUGAGAAACUC